UAUACCCAAACACCCACUAAGAAAAGGCGCCCGAGAGCUGGAUAAAACACGCAGCCAGAAAUGGCUCCUGUCCUCAGGAUCUCAUCGCUUUCUGCCCCCCCCCCACAGGUGGAUCCCGAUGACGUCUUAACGAAGGAGGAGCAGAUCCUGCUCCUGCUGAAAGCCAAGGCCAAGUGUGAAAGACACCUGCAAGCGAGGGGGACCCAGGUGCCAGAUGGAUUUUGUGCCCCCGAGUGGGACAACCUCAUUUGCUGGCCCCAGGGCCCCCCCGGGAAAGUGGUCUCCAUGCCCUGCCCAGAUUACAUCUACGACUUCAACCAUGAGGGUUAUGCCCAUCGGCAGUGUGACCUGAACGGCAGCUGGGCGUUGGUGCCCAACGAGAACCGUACCUGGGCAAACUAUACCGAAUGUGCCAAGUUUCUUGUUAUCGACAGCACGGAAAAGGAAGUUUUUCAUCGGCUUUAUGUGAUUUAUACCGUUGGUUAUUCCAUCUCGCUGGGAUCGCUGACAAUUGCGGUUAUGAUCUUAGCUUAUUUCCGACGUUUGCACUGCACCCGGAACUAUAUCCACAUGCAUCUAUUUGUCUCCUUCAUGCUCCGGGCAAUCAGCAUCUUUGUGAAGGACGCCGUGCUGUAUUCCGGUUCAGCCCUGGAGGAGAUGGAAAUAAUCCCGGAGGACGAGUUCCGAUCCAUGACCGAAGCUACCCCAAUGGAUAACUCAACCCUGUAUCUGUCUCAGUACUCGCCCCAGGUGGGCUGCAAAUUAGUCGUGACUCUCUUCCUCUACUUCCUGGCCACCAGUUACUACUGGAUUUUGGUGGAAGGACUCUACCUUCACAGCCUCAUCUUCAUGGCCUUCUUCUCGGAGAAGAAAUACCUCUGUGGAUUCACGUUGUUUGGCUGGGGCCUUCCGGCGGUGUUUGUCACAAUAUGGGCAACUCUUCGAGCGACGUUAGCAGACACCGAAUGCUGGGAUUUAAGCGCCGGCUAUUUCAAGUGGUUUAUCCAGGUGCCCAUCCUCACGGCUGUGUUGGCAAACUUUAUCCUGUUUAUCAAAAUCAUCAGAGUACUUGCAACCAAGCUGCGGGAAACAAAUGCAGGCAGAUGUGAUACCAGACAACAGUAUCGGAAACUGUUGAAAUCCACCCUGGUCCUCAUGCCAUUAUUUGGAGUCCACUAUAUUGUUUUUAUGGCCAUGCCCUACACUGAGGUUUCCGGAAUCCUCUGGCAAAUUCAGAUGCACUAUGAAAUGCUGUUUAACUCCUUCCAGGGAUUUUUCGUCGCAAUUAUCUACUGCUUUUGUAAUGGGGAGGUCCAAGCCGAGAUUAAGAAGUCGUGGAGCCGAUGGACAUUAGCACUGGACUUCCGAAGAAAGGCGCGGAGUGGGAGCACCACCUACAGCUACGGACCCAUGGUGUCCCACACCAGUGUCACGAAUGUCACCGCCAAAGGGGGCAUGCCGCUCCCUCUGAACGGCAAACCAGCCCCGGGAGCCCUCAACGGACACCGGAAUUUGCCUGGGUACAUCAGGAACGGGUCCAUUUCAGAAAACUCAAUGGCGUCUUCAGGGCCCGAGCAUUACAGCAAAGAGGAGGAAUAUCUGAACAGCUCCGGACUUUACAACGGCUACAAGCCAGCUGCCCUGUUGGAAAAAGAAGAAGAAUCUGUGAUGUAAAGUGGACAAAAUGAGAUGAGGGCUAGACAGCCCCACUUAGGGCUCCCUGAAAACACUGAGGGUGGCAAGCAACUUCCAGUAAAAUUGAUCCCCAUUGCGGUUUUGGGGAGGGGGGUUUGACUCUCCACUCGAUUCUUUGCAACGAGAAACACCAUUUUGCCGGAAUGAAGGACAGCAACAAUUUUGGCAACCCGGCAGAGUCCCUGCAUUCUCCUGCCCUAGAAGGCAAGGGUGAUCCCCAUUAUCUUUGGGGAGCACAGGGGAAAGGGGCCAGUGCUCCCAGGGCAUUCAGAGUUUUUCUCCUUAGGGGGAACGAAAAGGACUCUGCCAAUAGAUUGAUCCGAUCCAUCCAGGAACAUUUCAGAGCAAAACUUUCUUGCACCUUCGUGGCUGAUUUGCUUUUAAGAUUUGAUUUAGCAGGGGGGGGGGAAAAAACCACAAUGCAUGUUGUAUCCAGAGAGGACUUUCCCCCCCUCCAGCGCUGUAUGUUUUAAGCGACCAAGUGAAAACAAGGGUUUCGCAAUCGAAAGAAAAUUGAAAUUAUUUUCCUGCUUGUC